GGAGGCCCAGCAAAGUAACGCAAGAGAGGGAGAUACUGCCUUCACUGAGACACAAGAGUGACUGACUCAGACUGAGAGAGAGAGAGAGAGAGAGAGAGAGGUAGCGCCUUCACUGAGACACAAGAGUGACUGAUUGUGUGUGUGAGAGAGAGGUAGCGCAACAGGCAUUUAACUCCAGCACGCGCACCAUUGACUUAACAGGUGCAGCCAUUCUUUAAAGAGCGCAUAUCCUACAACAACAAAGAGACUUCACUUUGCAACAACAACCAGCCCGAAAGUCAUAGAACUCUUCAUAGGGACUCUUCGUAGAGUGCACGCAUCACCAGCAGCCUGACAACAACCACAGAUCCAUACAGACAGACACACAACAAAACAGGAACAAGUCACUUUUGUUUUGCUUAUUAGACUCACUCACCCAAACACCUACCUUAAUCUCGAAUCUCGAGCCGCUAUCAUGGACGUCAACAAGGACAAGACGCCGCCGACGCAGCAGCUGCGGAUGCGCCUGGUGUUCAUGGGGGCGGCAGGCGUGGGCAAGACGGCCCUCAUCCAGCGCUUCCUGGCCGACAAGUUCGAACCCAAGCACCGGCGCACCGUGGAGGAGCUGCACAGCAAGGAGUACGAACUGCACGGGGGACUGAAGGUGACAGUGGAGAUUAUGGACACGAGCGGCAGCUACUCCUUCCCGGCCAUGCGCAAGCUGAGCAUCCAGAGUAGCGACGCCUUCGCCCUGGUCUACGCCGUGGACGACCCCGACUCACUGGAGGCCGUCAAGUCGCUGCGGCAGGAGAUCCUGGAGGUCAAGGCCGACAAGCUGACGCCCAUCGUGGUGGUGGGCAACAAGACAGACAAGCCCGAGAGCGAACGCCAGGUGCCCUCGGACGACGUGCUCUCCACCGUGGAGCUGGACUGGAACGGCAGCUUCCUGGAGACGUCGGCGAAAGAGGACGAGAACGUGGUGGAGGUGUUCCGGGAGCUCCUGCAGCAGGUGAAUCUGCCGAGCCGCCUCAGCCCCGCCCUGCACCGACGCACACGCCGAGACACCUUCCCCAACAAGGAGCCCAACGGCAACGGCAACGGGCUGACGCUGCGGCCGCCCAUGAACAAGACCAACAGCUGCACCGUCUCGUAGAAGAAAAAGAAGACAAGACAAGGGGAGGAGAGACAGGGGGGGUUGUUUUUUUGGAGGGGUGGUACCAAGACAAGACAGAAGGGGUUGAUGAAGAGGAGGGGGAGGAAGAGGAAGAAGAACAGCUGCACCGUCUCGUAAAAGAAAAAGAAGACAAGACAAGGGGGAAGAGCUGGAAACAUGGAGGAGAGAGGGGUGGGGUUGUUUUUUUUGCAAGGGUGACGCAUCAUGAAACAGCAGCUAGUGUAUUUUCACACUUUUCAGCAAACAAGAGAGUACAUUGACCCCCAGACCAGAGCCCCACCUGCCAUGCACCCCACACACCCCUCCCCACAUCCCAAAUCCCAAUUUAAGCCCCUGGGUACCAGACCAGUCAAGUCAAGUCAAGUCAGCUUUUAUUGUCACUUUCUUCAUAGGCACAAGUCAUACAAGGAAAAUCAAAUUACGUUUUCUCUCUAUACCAUGCCAGGACAUAGACAUAUACAGGACUGACAUUUUACAGACUGACAUAAAGUGCAAGACAAGACAGGUAACAGUGAUAGACAGUGAUAGAGGCGAGAAGAUUGGACUGGACGCGAGUUACAGGGAUGACGCGCCAGUCAAUCAACGUGCUGCCGCUGAAAAGCAACUGAGGUGACAAUGAGAAUCCCUGAGUGAGUGGAGUUCAAGACAAGAGGUGAAGAGUGUUGACCGUGGACACGUGCAAUCCCUCCUAAAAAUCCCUCCUGAGUCACCAAGUCACCCCUUAUCAUUCACCAGAGACUCCCAGUUGAGAGACUGCUGCUGAGGGCAGAGGUGGACUACACAUAUGAGAAGGGGGAAGAGUUGCCGCUGUCAAGAUGAACUUUUCAAUGACAGCACAAGAUGGAUGCAUACAGGCUCACAUGGUGUCAUGCAUUUCCUUUGCUUGACUUUCCACCCCAACUUUGCACAAGUAAAGCUAAUGAUAACAGCAUCAUCUAGUGUCUCAAAUAGGAUUAAUAGAUAGUCUUUUUUUAAGUUUUAAUGUAAAUAUAUGUGUUCAUUUUUCAUAUGACUUUAAGCUGUUGGUUGACACAGUGUGCAACUAGCAGUAGGCUAUAUUUAUUAUGAAAGACAAAUGGCGAGGUCGUUGUGCGUCCCGGUUGUUACAAAUAUUUGUGUGUGUACAUACAGUCACCGUGUGUGUGUGGAAACUGCGCAGCUGGUGAAAGCUGCUUCUGCGACGUUUUCCGCAGUUGUUUUUUUUGUUUCGCAGCAUGAAAAAGAACAUUUAAUGUUUGUACCAUGGUUGCAAAAAGCUUAUGUCCAUUAUGCACUUUGUGUUAUGUUUAAAUAAAAAUACAUUUUUGCAAUGCCAAUUUAGCGAUGUUUAAUGUCCAUAUAGC